UCCGACAGCAGAAAACAUGGCAGACGAAUACGGACGGAAAUGGGACCGCUGCCUUGCUGACACAGCCGUGAAAACAGUAACGGGCCUAGGUGUGGGCAUUGCGUUCUCCCUCCUUUUCUUUAAACGUCGCACAUGGCCUGUUUCAUUGGGUUCAGGUUUUGGACUGGGCAUGGGAUACGCCAACUGCCAGCAUGACUUCAGGUCACCGUUCCUGAUUCAUGGGCGCAUGGUUAAGGACCAGUAAUGAAGGACGAAAGAUGAUGAGGAUUUGCCACAGAGCUGCUCAUCUGUUUUUGUGUUGUCCUUGUUGUUUUGCUGCUCAUUUCUGUUCUGGCACUAAAGUCCAAUGAUCCACAUGCUGUGUUUAUCAAAGAUCAGCCAAUGUAUAUUUAAUAAAGUCAUAAUGGAAAACUUUCA